AUGGAAAGCCACCAUGAGCUACAGGAGCUCGCCCUGCUCACACCAAAAGCAGUGUUCCUUUACAGCAGACCUCAAGGUGGGAGGGGAAAUUCUGGACGCACAGAUUCCCAGAAAGGCGAGGGCACAGCUUGCUGCUACCCGCACAGCACCAGGCACACACGCUCUGCCGGCCGCCUGACAUUUCCGUGCCGCCCUAAGGUCGCGGCCGUGCCCCGCCGGGUUCCCCACCGCCCACAGCCCCACGCCGCGCACACGGAGCACCCGGGGGCUGCGGCUGCGCCCGGAGACCGCAGCGCCCCCCGCGCCGCUGCCCUACGGGGCUGCGGGCGGCGCAGCUCACCUGGCCGCGGCCAGCUCCGCCGCCGCCCCCGCUGCCAUUUGUUGCUCGCGUUCGGAGGGAGCUGCUCUCCUCCCCAUCGCCGCCGCCUGCUCCGUAGCAACUGGUCCAGGUCAGUGAUGUCAACAAACUUCAUGCUCCUCUCAGCCCACGGGCACCACCACUGCAUUUAUAGAUGCCGAGGUUUUGUCCCAAGAAGAAUAAUGGAGAGAAGUGAUCUUUGCAGAGAGCCACCACAAAUCCUUUGCAUACUGCAAUUUCCAUUGGUACCUCUGGUUCCUUUACAAAUGCCUGGCAGUUACACUCAUUUUUGGAGUAACCUAACACAUUUGAAGAAGCUGCAAGGAAUGCACAAAAAAGCCUACAGGAAUAACAUGUCUAUGACAGAAAUCACAGCUGAUGAGUAAAAGCCCCUAACACCAACCCUUUGAGGACUUUGAGAUUUUAUGAGCUAAUGCUAAGACUGUACUCCUUUUGUAAAACACUAAGUUUUCAGACACUAAAAAAACCAACAGAGAUGAAGUAAAAUAUGUUA